AUGAGUGGCGUCGAUGUGCUUUGGUCGAGGCUUUCUGAAGACGAAUUGAAGGACUUUAUUUUGAGCUCAAACGACUUUGCUGCGCUUAAUGGACUUUUGUUGCGGACUGCAGAUGGGGCUAUCGUUACCAUUCGGCACACAUUGCUACCUUCGCCCUAUCCACGAAUUCAGUUCGAAGAGGCUGUUGACAUUCAACGCUCUUUUAACAGCUUAUUCCUUCGUGUGGCCUCAGACUACGAAUUUAUGGAAGUCCUCUCGCAAGACGAGUAUGUCUACAAUUUGUGGAAAAUCUACCAGAUGGAUAAUGAGCUGGGCCCACUGCAGCCACUCAAGCUGUCUCUCAAUCGAUCUGACUACAUGCUGCAUUCCGCCCUGCCCGGUUGUCCUCUGAAGCAGGUUGAGAUGAACUUCAUUGCUUCUAGUUUUGGUGGCAUAGCCGAACGACUGGUCAAGGUGCAUCAGAGGCGAUUGGAUCAACUGCUGGGCGCCAAUGCACCAAAGCUACGUGGCUGUCCAUCGGCAACGAGAUUUGGAAGUGCGAUUGCUCGUGCGGUGGAGGAGUACGUGAAGAGUAGUGCACACUUGCAACGCACUUGUCUUCCGGCUGUCCUUAUGGUGGUGUCGGAGAACGAGACAAACAUCUACGAUCAGCGCAGCAUAGAGGAGGCUAUGUUGUGUGCCAAUGUCGCCCUUCGUCUUCUUCGGCGUACGUUUGCUGAGCUGGGAGAGUCGGCGAGACGUGUGGUUGUGGAGGAGAGCACUGGACGUCUCUUUGUGUACGUUGUGGCUUGGCAGACGAAACUGCGAUUGGAGCGAAGUCUUGCAAUCAAGUGUCCCUCGAUUGAUUAUCUGUUGGCGAACAUGAAGUUGGUACAGACCGCUCUCGCCGCCGGUUCGACGUCGUUGUCGCGUUUUGGAGUCAGUGUAGGGACGGCGGAGCGUCUGGCGGCCGCUUUUGCGCGUCAGACGGUGCUCUCGACGGACUUUAAUUUUGCCGACCCAGUGGUGAUAGAGAAGAUGGUGGAUGAGUGUCGUCGAGGGCCGGACAAGUUUGUUCUAAAGCCACAGCGUGAGGGUGGUGGGAAUAACGUCUUUGGAGUGGGAGAGGUUGGAAUGGUUGGAGUGGACUUCAAGAGGGGUGUUUUUUGCAUUGCAGAGGACAUAGCACGGAAGUUGGACGAGGUGAUGGGGAAGGCGGAGGCGAAUGCCUACAUCCUGAUGGAGAGAUUGGAGCCACCGGUGGUGGAGAAUUGCGUAGUGGGGAUGGAGUGUGCGUCGCCUCUGCGGUGUCAAAUGGUGUCGGAGCUGGGCAUCUACGGUGUUCUGCUGAGACGGUGCGCAACAGCAGUGUUGCACCGUAAUCGACGGGACUGGGCUCAAAGUGUGGUGGGAAUAGAGGCUUGGGAGAGGAGGAGGAGGAAGAAGAAGAAGAAGAAGAAGAAGAAGCGGUGCUGUCAUCUCAUCAUUGAUGAGUUGUAUAGACUAGUGAGCCGAGGCACAGAGGAGUUGGAGAACCAUGAGGCGGGUCACCUGCUGCGAACCAAACAUUUGGGCGUCAAUGAAGGCGGUGUGGUAACUGGGUUCGCCAACCUUGACAGCCCUCUUUUGAUCUAA